AACCGCAAGACCAUAACUAAAUUUAACCUAUAAGUCAAAUAACAUUAUAAAAUGUUAUUGACGAUUAUUGUAAUUGCUCUGUUAACAGUUAUAUUUAUUAAUAUUCUGUCUAUGUUGUAUAAAUUUUAUGUUUUUCGUAAGACGAUUAAUAAAAUACCUGGUGAUGCAUCCUUUUUCGGUACCGUAAUCAAUUUCAGCAGAUUAUCAAAAGAGGAAUAUCAUAAAACCUUCUGUGAAUACACAGUUCGAUAUAAAGAAGGGAUUUAUAAAUUAUGGAUAGGGUAUAAACCAAUUGUAUACAUUUACAAGCCUGAAUAUGUAGAGGUCAUCCUCAGAAAUACUACGAAUAUGAAGAAACCAUAUACUUACGAUAGCUUUAGGCCUUGGUUAGGAGAUGGUCUUCUAACAUCGACUGGUUCUAAGUGGCAUCAAGACAGGAAAUUGAUUACCCCGGCAUUUCAUUUUUCUAUGCUCGAUAAUUUCAUGAUAGUAAUGCUGGAAAAGAGUGAAAUUUUGAUCGAUCGUAUAGAGAAAGAAAUUGAGAAAAAUAUUGGAAAAAAUGCAGUCAAUAUUUAUCCAUUGCUUGCUGAUUUUACGUUGGAUGUCAUAUGCGGUAAGUUCACUCAAAUGUCUUUUAACAGGCAGUAUCCAUCAGAGAUAAAACUCUGA